AUGGUGCGUGUUUGGAGAGCUGCUGCCACUGCCCUCUCGGCUUCGGAAUCCGUUGUUGGAAGUCGACAUGCUGAUGCAUCGCCACAGCAGCCGUUGCUGAUGCCCACUGCCCAUCUUUGCCAUUUCGAUGCUAGCUUCACGCCGACCACAGGUUCGACUUCGUACGACGCGGUCCUCUUCUCAGCUAGUGGCAAUUUCAUGGCAGCCACGAAUUGUGUGCUCUCGCAUUGUGCAAACCCUCUUACAGCAGAGUCGUUAACAUGCAAGGAGGCCCUCUCGUGGCUACGAGAUCAUGGGGUUGCCGAGGUAGCCUUACAUACUGAUUGCUCGGUUCUUCACCGCUAUGUUACUACUGCAGCUACUAAGCCAAGAUCCUGUGCUGGAGUUGUGAUUGAUGAGUGUUUACGGUUUAUGGCUUUGUUUAAUUCAUGCUCUUUGUUUUUUAUUCUUAGACAUCUAAAUUUGAUUGCUCAUACUUUAGCUUCGCAAGCCUCUGGCCAGGAUAGUUCUUUGUACUGGGACUCUGUCCCGCCUUACUUUGUUCUUGCUCUUUUGAAUUAA